AUCUACAGGGACUUCAAGACAGUUCAACUAAAACCAACUUCGCGGAGCAGGGUCAUUCUCGAUUCUAAUUCCGGAAGUGCCAUUGAAGUUUCUGGAGGUUCCGGCAGCGGUUUGACAAGUGAAUUGCAGGUUGAAUCGCAGCUGAGAACCGGACUUGUGUCUGCCGCUGCUUCAGUAGUAUCCACAGCAACCAGUGCCUCUGGAACCUCCGAGAAACUUACAGAUUAUUUUCUAGGAGGACUAACCGCAGGGGUGACUGAUUUAGUAACAAGUGAUCGAACUUCAACAACAAAAUCUCGUUCCUUCAGUGGUAAAACAGGAUCUUCUACUGUAAUAUUUGGAGAGUCAGAAUCCGGUUCAGAAACUGAAAUUUCAGGGCCUUCAAAAUUAUCAGAUCAGACAAACACAAGAAUUUAUAGACACUUUGGUGGUACCGGAUUGGCAGCAUCCUCAACGUCAUCUGCUCAGUCAAGUACAGGAUCUUCUAGGCCCAAUGUUAACUACAGAAAUUACGGGGGCGUGGGAAGACCAGGAUACUUCGACCAGUAUACUUUAGGACAAAUAUUGGCUGAAUAUGAAGGUCAAAGUGGUAUAGGAUGGUUGGCAAGUUCGGGAUCUUCUGCUCAGGCAAAUUCAGGAUCUCUUGGUGGUAUCUAUGGAGGUAAUGGAGGCGUGGGAUUAGCGACAGUUCCAGGAUCUUCUGCCCAAUCAACUUCUGGAUCUGUUGGUAGUAGCUACGGUGAUAUUGGUGGUGUAGGAUCAGUGAUUGGUUCGGGAGUUUCUGCUCAAUCAACAUCAGGAUCUUCUGGUAGUAGCUAUGGAGGUUUAGGUGUUGUAGGAUCAGUGGUAAGUUCAGGAUCUUCUUCUCAGUUUACAUCAGGAACUGCUGGAAUUGGCUAUGGCGGUGAUGCAGGAUCAGUGGUAGGUUUGGGAAUUUCUGCUCAGUCAGCAUCAGGAUCUGCUGGUAGUAGCUAUGGCAGUUUAGGCGGUGUAGGAUCGGUGGUAGGUUUGGGAGUUUCUGCUCAGUCAACAUCGGGGUUUGUUAGCAGUGGAUAUGACGGUUUGGGCGGUUUGGUCGGUUUGGGUGGCGUGGGAUCAAUGACAGGUUCCGGAUCUUCUGCUCAAUUAACUUCAGGAUUUGUUGGAAGUGGCUAUGGAGGUUUUGGUGGCACAGGAUCUGUGACAGGUUCAGGUUCUUCUGUGCAGUCAACUUCAGCAUCUGUUGGUAGUGGAUACGGAGGUGCUGAAGGAAUAGAAUCGGCGACAUUUUUAGGAUCUUCUGCUCAGUCAACUUCUGGAUCUGUUAGUACUAGCUACGGGGGUAUUGGUGGUGUAGGAUCGGUGACAGGUUCAGGAUCUUCUGUGCAGUUAACUUCCGCAUCUGUUGGUAGUGGAUACGGAGGUGUUGGCGGCAUAGGAUCGGUGACAGGUUCAGGAUCCUCUGUGCAGUCAACUUCCGCAACUGUUGGCAGUGGAUACGGAGGUGUUGGAGAAAUAGGAUCGGUGACAGGUUCAGGAUCCUCUGUGCAGUCAACUUCCGCAACUGUUGGCAGUGGAUACGGAGGUGUUGGAGAAAUAGGAUCGGUGACAGGUUCAGGAUCCUCUGUGCAGUCAACUUCCGCAACUGUUGGCAGUGGAUACGGAGGUGUUGGAGAAAUAGGAUCGGUGACAGGUUCAGGAUCCUCUGUGCAGUCAACUUCCGCAACUGUUGGCAGUGGAUACGGAGGUGUUGGAGAAAUAGGAUCGGUGACAGGUUCAGGAUCCUCUGUGCAGUCAACUUCCGCAACUGUUGGCAGUGGAUACGGAGGUGUUGGAGAAAUAGGAUCGGUGACAGGUUCAGGAUCCUCUGUGCAGUCAACUUCCGCAACUGUUGGCAGUGGAUACGGAGGUGUUGGAGAAAUAGGAUCGGUGACAGGUUCAGGAUCCUCUGUGCAGUCAACUUCCGCAACUGUUGGCAGUGGAUACGGAGGUGUUGGAGAAAUAGGAUCGGUGACAGGUUCAGGAUCCUCUGUGCAGUCAACUUCCGCAACUGUUGGCAGUGGAUACGGAGGUGUUGGAGGAAUAGGAUCGCUGACAGGUUCAGGAUCUUCUGCUCAGUUAACUUCAGGAUUUGUUGGAAGUGGCUAUGGAGGUUUUGGCGGCAUAGGAUCGGUGACAGGUUCAGGUUCUUCUGUGCAGUCAACUUCCGCAUCUGUAGGUAGUGGAUACGAAGGUAUUGGUGUUGUAGGACCGGUGACAGGUUCAGUAUCUUCUGUGCAGUCAACUUCCGCAUCUGUUGGUAGUGGAUAUGGAGGUGUUGGUGGCAUAGAAUCUGUGAUAGGUUUAGGACCUCCUGUGCAGUCAACUUCCGCAUCUCUUGGUAGUGGAUACGGGGGUAUUGGUGGUGUAGGAUCGGUGACAGGUUCAAGAUCUUCUAUGCGGUCAACUUCCGCAACUGUUGGUAGUGGAUACGGAGGUGUUGGCGGCAUAGGAUCGGUGACAGGUUCAGAAUCUUCUAUGCAAUCGACUGGAGGAUCUGUUGAUAGUAGCUUUGGAGGUUUCGGUGGUGUAGGAUCUGUUUAGAAUUCGUGACAGGAUCUGAAUCUUCAGCCUUUAUUCUUGCUAAAUAACUUUUUGAAUCGAAAUUCAUACUCAGGCUACUCGGUUCUUGUGCUCUAUUUACGAUUUAACCGUAGAAAUAUGCAAGCGCAGCUGUUCUUUUAUACUCUGAAUGUAUUUACUUAACACUGCCGUUAAUUUUGGAAAUGCAAACAAAUUUUCUCUCUUCAAGCAGUAGUAAUUCUGAUUUUAUAAGGGAAUAUAAAAGACAGGUUGCGGGUUCGAUUCCCCACGAUGUCAUUGAAUUUUUUCAAUUUACCUAAUCCUAUG